UGACCAGGGAUACUCAGGUAGGAAGAGCCUAGUUAAAGACAGUUAAAAAGGGUCUAUCCUCUAAAGAGAAGAAGAGGAAGAUAAAUAAUUGAAUCUCUGCAAAUACUCCUAAACUAGAAGGUCAGUGACUCCGUCUGCCCCCUCCACAAUGUGGCUCCAAGUGUCUCUCCUGUGUCUGUCCUGCUUAAUUCUGUCACGCCAGAGCCAGGCUGAAGACCGAGCCUCCCUCCACCGCUCCAAUGACCCUACUGGACGCUGCCACUACACCUUCACCGUGGCCAGUCCACAGGAGUCCAGCUGCCCUGGAAGCGGCGUGAAACCCGAAAUGGACGGAGUCUUGUCCCGGCUCACCCUGCUGGAGGCUUUGGUCAGCCGGCUCAUAGCAGGAGUGGAUGGAGGCACUGGCGGGACUGCGAUUGAGUCUAAUGGUGAAGAGGGUCUCCAGGAAGCUUAUGCCCAGGUUACUGGGGAAAGAAACCAGCUCCAACAGGACAAGGAGCGUCUGAGCAGGCAGAUCCAGGAGCUGCAGAGGAGGCUGGGCGAGCUGAGCCAGGAGGCAGAGAGCCUCAGGCAGCAGCCCUGCAAGCAAACACACACCUCAGGGGGGGCUCAGCGUGAGAGCAGACCUGCCAGUGACCCUGCGUAUGAUUUUGGGAAUGGGGCGUACCAGGAGAUGAAGGCUGAGGUGACAGAGGUUCCAGCAUCCCACCUCAUUCCUGAAGGAAAUCACAACUUCACGGGCUGUGGAGAGCUGCUGUCAGUGGGAGACCCUGUGUUGCACAGGAAGGCUGACAGCAUCACAGGUAAAUAUGGAGUGUGGCUGCAAGAUCCCGAGCCUCAGGGCCCUCUUUACACCAACAAGACUGUGUGGCGUAUCGACGCAGUGGGCAAAGACGUCCGUCAGCUCUUUGCAUACGAAGACAUGGAACAGUUCUCCCGAGGCUUCCCUAUGAAGGUCCUGGUUCUGCCGGAGCCUGUGGAAAGCACAGGGGCAACCAUGUACCGUGGCUCCAUGUACUACCAGCGCAAACGCAGCCGUACCCUGAUCCGCUACGACCUGGCCUCUGAGAGCCUGGCAUCACGUCUGGACCUGCCUCACGCUGGCUUCCAUGGCCAGCACCCUUACUCCUGGGGAGGCUACACCGACAUCGACCUGGCAGUGGAUGAACAAGGUUUGUGGGCUAUCUACAGCACAAGCAAGGCAAAAGGUGCCAUUGUGAUUUCACAACUGGACCCCGAGAGCCUGGAAGUGAAGAAGAGCUGGGAGACCAACAUCAGGAAGAACACAGUGGCCAAUGCUUUCAUGGUGUGUGGACGUCUGUACACAGUGGCCAGCUACACCGCACCCAACACCACCAUCAACUUUGUGUUUGACACAGCUACCGGCGUGGGGCGGGCAGUGGCCGUGCCCUUCAAGAACAAGUACCGUUACAACAGCAUGUUGGACUACAACCACGCCCAGAGGAAGCUGUAUGCUUGGGACAACUUCCACAUGGUCACCUAUGACAUCAGACAGGGCAGGGCCAGCCAUGGCAGCAGCUAAAGAGGACACAGACAGAGAGAGACUGCUGUUUACUGGACUGUGCUAAUGCAAGAGCAAGUGAAUGGGAUAAAACAUAUAGUCAUUUAAAGUGUAUUGAGGUUAUUUCAAUGCUAAUCUAUGUGUUUUUGCAUCAUUAAAAUCUAUUUUGUCUAUUACUAUUGUAAAUAAGAUGUAUUAUGACAACACAGGAAUAUUCAUGUAGCUGUGAUAGAACUCUGAUGAUCUCGGUUAUUAUUACAAAAAGUAAUAAUGGUAAAUAGUUUUGAUGU